GCCCUAAAGGCGUGGUGGGUUCCAACCAUGGUGCUAGUUUGGAUAUUAAAAUCAAGGAAGAGAAUUUGAGGAUGUAUAUAUAAGGUUGCAACCUCCAUAUCCUAGAAAGUUAUCUGUGUUUUAAGGGGGUUUUUGAGGAGGGAAAGGGUGCAACGACCUCGAAGCUAGUUCAAACUAGUGGGAGGUUGUCUGCAAGGCAGCAAACUUAGUUAAAAGCUAAUUACAGUAUACGAGUAGAGACAUUAUCAAUGGCUCGUGGAAAGAUUCAGAUGAAGAGAAUUGAGAAUCCGGUGCAUAGGCAGGUGACUUUCUGCAAGCGCCGUGCAGGGCUCCUCAAGAAGGCUAAGGAGCUCUCCGUUCUGUGCGAUGCUGAAAUUGGAGUUUUCAUUUUCUCCGCCCACGGAAAGCUCUAUGAACAAGCCAGCAAAGGAACCAUGCAGAGUUUGAUAGACAGAUACAUGAAAUAUAACCGGGGAGCUCAAGCAGAACAAGUGAUCAGAGAUAAGGAAGUUGUGGUAAGUAAUAUCUCUCUCUCUCUUCCCUUGAAUCCGUUAAUGGUAGGUUAAACGCGCUAUUUCAAGUUUCGGAAAGUCCUCUAAGUCCAUUUUUACUGUUGGGUCAUCAGAGAUCACAAACAAGAUAUCUUUCUGCAACUUGAAUUGUAGAAACAGAUUCAAAUGUAUGAAUACAAAUACACAUACGCAAAAGGAUAUUACAAUUUCCAUGAUAAAGAAUCUGAUGCUGCUUAAAUUUUAAUUAUAGCUUGAUGAAAAUAAAGCUAUAGUGCUAGAAAGCAGACAAAUUUUAUUUAAUUCUGAUCCCUACUUUUUGGAGACAAAAUUCAAUGGGAGUAGCUUUAUCUUGCUUUAUAAAAUCACAAGAUGUUAUUCAAUAUUCACUCGCUAGCUAAACUUCUUUACCAAUCAUUUCGAAAACCUAUGGUAGGUAUCUCUCCUAAUUGUAUCUCGCAGCUACAUCCACUUUUGGUUUUUUAUCUACCUUCCACAUUGCAUAUUUAAACAGAAAGGGGGGAAAAUGUUGAUGUGCUUGCCUAAGCUUAAAACUAACUUAAAGUUAAUUUUUUAGGUAAAUUUUAGUUUGUUUGAACGAGUUACUUUUUGUUUGAUCCAUAUUAUUUUUAAAAUAUAUAUUUCUUUCUAUUCUUUUCAACUGCACAAUCUUUAAUAGAAUAAUAUCACACGCAAACUCAAAAUUUUUCUUUAUUUUUUAACUACAUUUUUCCAUCAAUAUAUUAUUCCAAAA